AUGUCGGUUGUGAACAACCCAUCGGGCGGUAGCUCUAAGGUUAUGAGGGUGUACUAUCCUCAGGGGUCGUACAAACCGUCAGCCUCCCCAAGAGGUGGAGCACAGUUCUUCAAGAGACUCAGCACUCCUAGGGAACUGGCCACCCUUACCUACGAUAUCUACUUCGCCAAGAACUUCAACUUUGUCAAAGGCGGCAAGCUUCCGGGGAUGUACGGGGGCACUAAGACAUGCUCCGGGGGUCGGGACUCAUCCGAUUGUUUCUCCACCCGCUUCAUGUUCAGACGUGACGGUGACGGUGAAGUGUACCUGUACGCUCCGGAUAACCAAGUCAGCAAUUUCUGUUCCGAUUCCAAGGUCAUUUGCAACUAUCACUCGGGCCACUCUCUGGGUCGUGGCACUUUUCGGUUCCGGACGGGCCGUUGGUACACCAUUAGCCAGCGGGUCAAACUGAACACUGUGGGUCAGACGAAUGGUUACGUGAAGGUAUUGAUAAAUGGCUCACAGGUCUACUAUAAGUCCAACCUUAGACUGAGAAACUCCAGUUCGGUGAAGAUCGAUGGCAUGUUCUUUUCAACAUUCUUUGGGGGUAGCGACUCCAGUUGGGCGACUCCAGUCAAUACCUACACUUACUUCCGCAACUUCAAGAUGACCACGUAA